GGUGUUUAGUACCGGUCGUAACACCGACGCGUCGUGACGUUUGAAUUUACUCCGAUUCUUCAUUGAUAAUUGUCUAUUCUUCCGUCCCAAGAGCAUCAGUUGUAUUUAUUUUUAUUAGUAAAAUGAAUAAACAAUAUUUUCCCCUGGAAAUUAACCCCACAGAUUAUGAAUUUAAGUUCGAUAAUUUUCGCGCGUAAUUGGAUGAUCUCACCAGCUCACGGAAUUACCGACGUUAACUUGACAUUUUUAAGCGUCUCCAGUGGCACGUAAAAAAAGCAGGUCGAGGGAUGUCAGCAGGGGCACGUGUGGGGUCGCGAGAAGCCGCGAUGAAUAAAUAAGUGGCGAUUAAUUAGCAUUCGAUGAAAACAGUUCAGUGACUCAUUCAGUACAAACGUGAAAAUUUAGCACGUGCUCUUCGGCAAAAGUGACCAUAAAUAAUAUCAAUAAUAAAAAGACAAAUACAAAGGCGCUGUAGCCUACGGUGAAGCUAUGAUGGUGAACAGUUGGAGGAAGGUAUGGCUGAUGCAGCUGUCUCUUGUAUUUACAAUUGCUCCUACACUAGCAUCGGCUCUCUACUUUCCCCAGUCGGACUUGACGUUGAGACUGCCUUAUUUUGGUAAAAAUAGUGGGCCCACGACUCCGCACAUCAGUAUCUUCGUCUUGAGAACAUUAAGGAAUGAUCCUGCGGUUUCCAGGGAUCCGAAGUACCAAAUUGUUUCGGAGAAUGAUAGAUCGGUGGGGCUCGACGCCCGGAGUGGAGAAAUUAGUCUGCAAUCUCUCCCCAAGAAAGGUGGUGUUAAAACAAUUGUUGUCGAGGCAAAGGAACGUGGUGGUGAUGCAACAAUAGAGAUUAAACUGCAACCCAUUGAAAUUAAAGGGGAGAGGAUUAAUUGCUCGGAGUUCACUCAAGACGUGUGUUUCUGGAAUGUAGCUAAAUACAAAAUAUAUGAAAAUCAAGGAUCCACGAUGCUGGGGACAAUUGGACCCGCUGCGUACGGUACCUUGUGCCCAAGUCUUCGAGUCACUCGUUAUGAAUUGCUGAAUGGAACUGAUUAUUUUCACAUAAUAAACGAAGAAUUGUACUCCAACGCUUCGUUGGACCGAGAUACCCUGGAGCCCCCAGGGGGACCGGGGCCUCACGUAGACCUGCGAGUCCGAUGUUUCCUCUGGGAGGAGAGGACCGGGCGGCAAUACAUUCACGAAAAAAAUUUGGACGUCGACAUACUUGAUGAGGACGACAAUCCACCAAUCGCCCAAAUUGAUACCAACGUUGAGAUAGAGCUUGCGGACUUCAAAGCGGGCACGAGACUGGACAACAACGAGCUCAUGGUGAACGACGCUGAUGCCGCCUCCAGCAACAUCUACAGCGUCAGGAUCUUGGGGGAUAUCCAUAAUGCCUUGAAUAUGACAUUCAAUACGAUGUCCAUUGAACACCCGACGCGACCGGAAACCCCUCCGUACACCGCCAUUUUCACAAGAAUAUUCUCGAGGACCACUCUCCUUCCGAAAUCUCCCUACAGAGUCAUCCUCCAAGUAACCGACGAGUCGCUGCUCCCUGGCAGAGGUGAAAAAUCGGUGAAUUUCACACUGUCAUUCGUGGGACCCCAGCACCAUACGACAUCCACAACUACUCCAACACCACUGGAUAAACCAAUUUCUUUUCCCGAUAACAUCGUCGUCGCUCGGACGGCCUCCAGAUUCGCCAGGAUUACCCAGCCAUUUGUAAAACCCCUGGCCAAUCAAAUAUUUACCAUCGUAAAUUCCAAAAUCUUCAAUAUCACCGCCAAAGGAGGCAUUAUUUAUGUCGCCAAUGAGACAGCCCUGAGAAAUGCAUCUGAGAGAAUUCCAUUAAAGAUUGACUGGAUAUCCCCGAAUCGCAAGGUAUCCACUCAAACCCUGGUGCUCCUGGUGGUUCCGGAGAUGACUAAAUCAGCAGUGGGUAGUUGUUUCGACCAACCGGGAGAGAUUCACUCCUGUGCAAACGCCGCGACGCAGAAGGAAUGUGAGAAGGUGUGUGGAGUAGGUGUGGGAAUAUUUAUGAAUAAUGCCACAUCGAGCUGCAUCUGGAGAUCGAAUAAUCGAUCGCAUUCUAUCACCGAGAGAUAUGAAACAUGUUCUCCGGACAGGACUCAUUGUCCUGAUCAUGUGUGCGAUGAGCUGGAAUAUUUAGAUCAUCGAAUAUGUCCGCAAGAUUGUGCCAUCGAAGAGGAGAUAACAUUCGGGGUAAUGAACAAAAACGGAAGGGGAAUAAAGGAGGCCGAGGGGGUGUGUGUUUGCACUGACGAGAUGAAAUGUACCUGCGGUCGGGCGUACCGCAAUGCUGCAGGGAAAAAGGCGAACAGCACCAUAAACAGUGUUAAGGGCAGCAGCAAAGAUCCUCGAGAUGGGGGGAAAAUUAAGAGAGAGCGGGAAAAAGAGGUGGAAAUGGCUGUAUCAGAUGCCCAUAAAGUUGCCUCUGGUUCCAAGUGCGGGACCGAGUGUGUCAUCGGAGUUUUUUUGGCAAUUUCCAUUGCCAUAUUUAUUGUCACUGGCAUCGUCGCUUGUUGGUGGAAGAACAGGGGUUUGCGAAAGGGAGGAAGACGCGAAUGCAAACACAGAUCCGAUGAUAUUACCAACGGCCUUGGAAUUUUACCACUUGAUUAUCUGGACCGAGGGGAUGGACAGCUGAUCAACAUCGAGAAUUUUGCCAGCAUUAACCGCAGUCUCCUCCUUCCGAAAAAUUCGCCCGACCCAAAAUGGGAAUUUCCACGCUCCCAAUUAACGAUUGAACAAGUCCUCGGUGAAGGUGAAUUCGGCAGAGUACUUCGUGCAAGGGCCGUUGAUAUUGGUGAUUGGCCGGGUCACACGACAGUUGCAGUGAAAACUCUCAAGGAAGAUGCCAGUGGUUCUGAACUUGCCGACCUUCUCUCUGAAUACCAACUUCUCAAAGAAGCCCAGCAUCCAAACGUCAUCCGCCUACUGGGGGCUUGCACAACACCCGGUGGUCCAGUCUACCUCAUCAUCGAAUUCGCGGAAUUCGGCUCCUUGAGAAAUUACCUGCGAAGAAGUCGACAUCUGGAGUCCGAGGGCCGGGUGCCGUGCUCCACAUCGUUACUCUCCGCAUCGCCAGGUAACGCCCGGGAUGACGUACAGGAUGCAUCCACAAAUUACGAAAUAACUCCCCAUGAUAUUCUGUCAUUCGCCUGGCAGAUCAGCAAAGGCAUGGCUUACCUCGCCGACAUCAAGCUCGUACAUCGAGAUCUCGCCGCACGAAACGUCCUCCUCGCUACUGGAAAGGUUUGCAAAAUCUCAGACUUUGGCUUGACACGCGAUGUCUACGAGGACGACGCUUACUUGAAGCGAAGCAAAGGUCGAGUUCCAGUGAAGUGGAUGGCACCCGAGUCAUUAGCGGAUCACGUGUACACGAGUAAAUCCGACGUGUGGAGUUUCGGAGUGCUUUUAUGGGAAUUGGUGACCCUCGGGGCAUCCCCCUACCCCGGAGUCGAUGUUCAUAAUCUGUAUAAUCUACUGAAAGCGGGAUACCGCAUGGAGAGGCCAGCGAAUUGUUCACCUCAGCUAUACAAACUGAUGGUGUCUUGCUGGCACGAUGAAGCAGGCAUGCGACCGUCCUUCAAAGAGCUCACCUGUCAGUGGGAGCGUAUGCUCGAAGAUGGUGUUGAGUAUCUUGACCUUAACCCACGAACUGUUCACAAUCAGGCGUAUUUCGCGUCCCUCCAUGCCCUGGACAGUCCAAAUUCAAACAAUGACGGAGUAGUGAGUGGUAAUUUCAAUGUCUUCCGUACAGAGGCUGUUAACUACCUCAGCAAGCCCUUGUCAGAGCCAAUAAACAAGUGCGACAAGAUCAACAAGCUUCAGGCACUCUGGCAGGAUCCGAUUUGUUCAUUUCCAAAUGGAACCGUCAAAUCGACGUACGUCAAUGACAGACCGGACAAUCUGAAUGUCAAUCACUAUGAGAGCCCCAUCAGACUGAGGAAGGUCAGUGUUGUCAGCAACAGUGAGAAUGACCUGAGAACACCGAUCAGUGAACGACCCCAGUCGUACAUUGAUAUGCAGGGGAAAAAAUCGGAUCAGGAGGAUCUUCUGCUGUUCAAUGGCAACGAUUCCAAUGAUAAGGAUGACGAAUCCACGAAGAAACUCACCAAGUGAUUACAGUGAUAAUAGAGCGAUACCAAAGACUUGUCUCUCAGUGUAAAUAGGAUGUUGGGACAGUGUGUGGUGCCAUAUAUGAACAAUGCUGACUAGGUGACUAUUUUCAGCAAUAAUUGUUCGCUGAUUUUAUUUGUAUAAAAUAUCGUUAUGUACUUAAUGCAGUCAUAGCCUUAAAUUCUCAAUGGAGCACUGAAAUAAAAUUCUCUGUUGAGUGGGAACAUUUGCUGGGAGAAAAUGGACUUUCGAGGAGCAGAAAAUUGUGAGUAAAAAUAUUUUAAAAGAUCGAGAACUUCGGAUCGUUUUUGGGACAGGACUGGACUCGAAGGAUUUGUUUUUUGAAAAAUUCUGGUGCUACUGACGUAUUUUUUAUUCAGUCACAGAAUUUUUUUUAUCGUUGGAUAACUUUUACGAGAAUUGUAAGAGAUAAUUUACGAUACCGUCAAGUAAUCAGUAAUUGUACGUAAUUUUUAAUGAGCAGUUCUCUCCAUGAGGAGAACAUUUCCUUUAAAAAUGUUGAAUUGAAGUAGAAACGAUCAGAACGAAUCAUGUCGGGGAAUCCCCUGCUAAUGUAGCUCCGGUGUUGGGUCUGUCGCGCAUUAUUAUUGCGCAGGGGAAUACGCACACUGCUUGAUCUUUGAAAAAUUGUUACUGGUGGAGGAAUGGGUUUUCCCAAUUAAGAAUUUCGAGAAAAGAAAAUUUAAAAAAAUUUUAUCGCGCAGAAUUUUUGAGUUCUCCGUCGUUAAUGAACUCGGAUUAAUUAUUCAGAAUAUCCUCGAUGUUUGCUCUUUCUCUCAGCGUAUGAACAAGUGCUAUACAAUCAAAUUUGUAUGCUUCCUAAACUGAAUAAAGUAUAUUUUGUUAAUUUAGAUGUAGGUGGAAGCGGGGAUUUUGGCAAAAAUGUUAGAGAUGGUUUUUGGUUUCACAGUAAAACCGUAACCGGAAAUGUAACAUUGAAGACUGUAUUUUUUCGUACCUUAAUUAGUCAAGAUGACGGACCUCCUCGCUUUAUAUUUGUAUAAACCACACAUUCCACAAUUAGUCUUCUAUUUAUUCUGCUGAGGAUAUGAUUUAAGUGUGCAAGCACAAUGUGCAAUUUUCAAGGAGAAACGUGAAUGAUUGCAUGUGUAUCAAAGGGACUUUAUUCUUGUGCCAUGAUGAGUUUUUCGUUUUAAUAAAAUUAUGAAAUACUCUAAU